UCACAUCUGUGAAACCAUUCAGGUGUGCAUUCUUCCACCGAACCUCCGAGCUCAGAGUGCAUGUGAAAUAAAUCCCGAACCGGUGGGAAAGAAACUGCGUUCGGUUUUCACGGAUUUGUCCUCUUUUCUGUAGGCUACCGGGGUAACCGAGAAGAAGUAACUGCCAAAAAAAAAAAAAAAAAAAAAAAAAAAACAAAGAAGAAAAAGGAAGCCUCGGCUGUGGUCUGUUCAGCCAGUGAAACCAAGAGCAGGGGCUGACGUGUUGCUUGUUCCUCUUUACACCAGCUCGGAUGCGCACAGCUCAAACUUCCUCCUUUAAGUCCAGUGUGCCGCCGCUCCGCCGCCCCGUUCACAUCUGCAGCUCCGACCCCCGCGAGCGGGUUAGGGAGAAAUGGAAACUGCGCGCGAGGAAUGAAGAAUGUUCUCGACGCCCGUCAUCAUCUGAGCCUAGAAGAUCCGCUACGAGUGCAGAGACAGCCCGUGUUUCCAAGUGACUGACGAAAAAGAGACGGCAUCAUGGGCUGUGUUGGCUCAAAGAAGGAGCAGAAGUUCCCCAGCAAAGACACGGAUAACAGCGACCAGCAGAACAGAGCUCAGGUACACUAUGUCAGAGACCCCACCUCUGGAAGCAAAGCUGGAGCCAAACUGUCUUCUAAUGCAACCUCUUCAGAUGGGGAGAGUGACGCCAUUGCACUGUUCGACUAUGAGGCGAUUCAUGAAGGAGACCUUGGCUUCAAGAAGGGAGAUAAACUCAGAAUUUUGGAGGAGUCAGGUGAGUGGUGGAGAGCUAUGUCCAUCAGCACAGGAAAGGAAGGCUACAUUCCCAGCAAUUAUGUAGCCAAAGAUACUCUAGAGACAGAGGAUUGGUUCUUUAAGGGUGUUAGCAGAAAGGACGCCGAGCGGCAGCUCCUGGCCCCAGGGAAUAGAGUCGGAUCCUUCAUGAUCCGAGACAGUGAGACUACCAAAGGUAGCUACUCUCUGUCUGUCAGGGAUCUCGACCCCCAGGCCGGUGACACAGUUAAACAUUAUAAAAUUCGAACUCUGGACAACGGAGGAUUUUACAUCUCACCACGCAUCACCUUCGGCACGCUGCAAGAGCUGGUCGGCCAUUAUAAGAAACAGGGAGAUGGCCUCUGCCAAACUCUGACCAACGCGUGUUUGAGCCCCAAACCUGAAAAGCCUUGGGAAAAAGAUGCCUGGGAAAUCCCAAGAUCUUCACUGAAGUUAGAAAAGAGACUUGGUGCAGGACAGUUUGGAGAAGUUUGGAUGGCUACGUACAAUAAGCACACCAAGGUAGCUGUGAAGACCAUGAAGCCAGGCAGUAUGUCAGUGGAAGCUUUCUUGAUGGAAGCCAACCUGAUGAAGAGUCUACAGCACGACAAACUGGUUCGACUCAAUGCUGUGGUCACCAAAGAAGAGCCCAUCUAUAUCAUUACUGAGUACAUGGAAAAAGGCAGUUUGUUGGACUUCUUAAAGAGUGACGAAGGCAACCGUGUCCAGCUUCCCAAACUUAUUGACUUCUCUGCCCAGAUUGCAGAAGGUAUGGCAUACAUUGAACAGAAGAACUACAUCCACAGAGACUUGAGAGCUGCCAACAUCCUGGUCAAUAAGUCCUUAGUGUGCAAAAUUGCUGACUUUGGCCUUGCUCGUAUCAUUGAGGACAAUGAAUACACAGCCAGAGAAGGAGCUAAGUUCCCAAUCAAAUGGACAGCCCCUGAAGCCAUCAACUAUGGCUCCUUCACAAUAAAAUCAGACGUCUGGUCCUUUGGAAUUUUGUUGACUGAGAUAAUCAGUUAUGGACGCACCCCCUACCCAGGAAUGACUAAUCCAGAGGUAAUCCGUUCUCUGGAGAAAGGCUACCGAAUGCAGCGCCUUGACAGCUGUCCCACUGAACUUUAUGACAUCAUGAUGGAGUGCUGGAAGAACAAGCCAGAGGACCGUCCCACCUUCGACUAUCUCCAGAGUGUCCUGGAAGAUUUCUAUACAGCCACAGAGAGCCAGUACCAGCAGCAGCCAUGAGAUAUGAUUCAUUAAUAUGUGCUGAAGGUUCCGUUUGUGUCUGCAGUAGUGAAGUUCAGGCCACAAACCCUGUCAGUUUAGCUCUCUUUUCUCUUAUUUACACACACGACACAGCAAUAAUAGUAGGGACUGUACAGAAAUUAUUAGCAGAUAAUUACUUUUACUUUUGAAAGAUAGGUCUUUACACGUUUGCUAUUUAAUAAAAAAAGCUCCCUGUUUUAAAAGAGAAGGAGCUACAGGGUUGGAAAGGUUUAGCUAAGUUUCUAAAAGUGAAUCUCCGUUUGUGUCCACUAUGAAGAGCCCACAAAGACUCACUGCCUAAAAGAAUUGGAUGCUAUUUUUAUACUUACUUUUUGUAAAUUGAGAGUCGCAAUAAUUCCACAGUACUAAAGCUCCAACUCAGAAGGUGGUGAAAAAGACAUUACAAAAAAAUAUUGGAAGUACAUCCUAUGUCAGAGACAGAAACACAACUCAGACAUUUGUUGUUGUUUUUUCUCACAAUAUAAUCUAUUUUUUAUUGCAUGUGCUGUUUAUUGAAUAAAUAGUUUAUUCAUCAAAGCCACACAAACUGCAUCAAGUUUUGUUGAUAGAUUAGUGCGUUAGCUCCACCUUGUGGUCUGGAGUUUAAUAGAGCCUCAAAGGUUCUGCACAUACAGAGAGAAAGUUACACAGCAGUCUUAAAAACAAGAGCAUAGCACAUUGAAUGUUAAUUUUUUCAGAACCGCAUCAGAGUACUUGAAUAUUUAAUGUCUGAAAAUUCACCAUAAACCUUCCAGAUGCACCACAAUGAUUAUGGGUAAAGUGUUUAUUGGAGGUUAGUUUUGACCUCUAACAUGAAGAGUAGCACUUCAAAGAACAUUUUUAUCUAAUUUAUUUACGUAGAUACAUUAAAUACACACUGUGCUGUACGCUUGCAGCUCGUCAAAUUCAGAACAAAAGACAUUUCGUUCAUGCCAUUGUUUUGACGUAAUUAUCUCAAAUGGUAACUUGUUCUGUACUGGUAAGGUUUCAUAUUCCUACUGUAAUUUUUAUACAGUCCCUAACUUUUUAAAACAUGACCAACUUCAUCAAGCUCAGCACACAAAAUAUCUGCAGAUUUUUCAUCAGCAGAUAUUUUCAGUGAUAACUCAGGAUUACACAAAAGGAAUUUAAAAUGUGAACAAAACAUAGGCCUGAUUAUGGUAGCAAUUUUUUCUCUGCACAUGUUUUCAUAUGAUUUGUGGCUUAUUUUAGCAUUCCUCAUUCACAGUGCCUUUGACAGAGGUUCUUUAAUCCACAUCCAAUCAGCAAUAUAUUCCAUAUGAUUUGUAUAUACGGAAAAAGUAGCACUCAGUCUUAGAUUUAUUCUGCUUGUUAAUUCUUACAUAUGUGUUCUUUAUGACUUAAGUUAUUUAAAAAAAAGCAGUUCAUACUUAUCUCAGUAAUAUUUUCUUUAAAAAUAGAAAUUCUUUAUAAGUUUGCAUGCUUGUUUUAGCAAAGAGUAAUGACUGAUACUAAUGCAUUUUUAUAGUGCUGGGAGUUGAAUGUAAAUUACAUAUAAACAUUCAGGAACAAAAUUCCUGAGCAAGUGAGCUUUUAAGAUUUUAAUAUUUCAUGCUGUGGUAAAUAUGGCCUCUAUUUUGAAAGACAUUUACGCAACAGUGUAUCAAGAAUGUUUUUUAAGUGUAGAGCCAUCUAAGAAUGAAGCACAGCAUUGCUCAGAACUGUAUAUAAUCAUCUAGUUAAAACUUUUUUUUUUCUCUGUUUUUCAAUAUGAAUCUCUUGGCAGUUUGUGAAUGCUUAAGUGCAACUGUUAUGACAAUGGUUAAAUAAAAGGGUUUAAAGAUGA